GCCUGUGCCUUAAAGCUGGAUGUUUAUUAGCACCUGUGAGUCAUAAGGAAUAGGCGUCUCUUAUCGCGGCACAAGUGGUGGAAGACACAUUUGACUUCAACGUUUUAUACGUUUUUUGUCAGUUACAAACGUUAUUUUUGGUGGGUUUUUAGGGGGAGAAGUCGUCACGUUUGUUAGCAUCGUUAGCAUCUGACGUUUUUGUCAGUAGUGUCAAGUGGCAGGAGGUAACACUUGAUAUUUGUACUUUCAUAAUAAAAGCAUGUGCUUCUUGAAGCGGGUGAGAAAAGCGCCGAGCUAUUGAAGCUGUUUAUUUCAUUCUGAAAAUAACCGGAAGUAUAAACAUAAUCGCUUUAGAAGCUUGACGUCUUCUUUCCGAACUGCUGGAUCACUCACCAUCAACAAGAGCAUAGCAAAGAGAGCAGUCGGUUGGUCGUGUCUCUUUCCGAGGCCGGAUGGUAAAAUCCAACCUCCAGCGGAUCCUAAACAGUCAUUGCUUUGCUCGCGAAAAGGAAGGAAAACAGCAGCCUCUUUCAACCAUGGCGGAUUUGAGUAGCGGUAUUUGUGACAUGAUUGGGAAUCUGUCCAUGCACUGUAGUAGUACCCGCGGCCCAGGGCCUCUGUGGUGCUCCGAUGCCCCUCUCCCACCCCUGAAGAUCCCAGGUGGGCGAGGGAAUGGCACACGGGAUCACGCUCCUUCAGCUCGGUUGCUCUACUCAGACCAUAAGUUGACAGUUAGCGAGGAGCCGGCGGGUAACAGUCGCCCCAGGAUACUCCACUUCCAAAGUCGUGUAACCAUCAGCAAGACAGUUGAAUGGGAUGCUGUCCUAAGCAGCAGUGCUCUCUUUGUGGAGAUCUCUCUUGACCCACUUCCUGAAGGCAGCAAGGAGAGCUUUGCGGCUCUGCUGGAGUAUGCUGAAGAACAUCUGAAAGUCGUUAGCGUGUUUGUCUGCUUUUACAAGAACAGGGAUGAUCGCGCCCAACUGGUGCGGACGUUCAGUUUUCUGGGCUUUGAGAUUGUGAAACCGGGCCAUGCCCUCGUCCCGCCUCGACCUGAUGUUUUCUUCAUGGCCUACAAUUUUGACCGGGACUCUUCAGACGAGGAGUAACCUACCCUCAGACCCCUCCAGACCUCCCCUUGUUUUCUUCCACCCAUUGUGUGUGUUCUUCCCUCCCUCAUCACCAUUUUCUUUGUGUGCUAUUCUGGAUUUUUUUGAGCGUAAGUUGAGUGGAAAAGGGAGAGCUGGUGCAUUUGUUGUAGUCGUACGUGUAGCUUUUUGCUUUAGCGUGUUUACUGAUGGGUGGACGUCGUUUGUUUGAAUGUACAACAAAAAAAAGCGGUCAUCAGGUUUUUACACUCGGGUACUGCAGCUUUUUUUUUUUAAUGUCCUAUUUGCAAAAACAUGUCAGGGGGACCACUUUUAUUGUGUAGCACUAACAUUAGUUGGAAACAAAUGUCAUGAUUAACAACAGCCCCAUUCAUUGGUACUUAGAGUGACUGAUAGUGUCAUGUGUGGCAAGGAAAGGAAAGUGAAUUAUCCAAAGUGCUUUUGCUUCUUUCUGCCAUUUUUAUCUUGAUUCUAUUAUUAUUUUUCAGCCUGCUUUUGGAAGUCAGGAAGGAUAUAUUAGAAGAUGAGAAACUGUGAUGUUAUGGUUGGAGUUAUUUUGCAUUCCUCAUAUUGUUUCAUGCUAGGUUUGAUGUUCACACGCAUAGUGGUACCUAUUAUGCUUCUGUAAUAAUAAAACAAUCCCCAAAAAGUUA